AGAUGGAUCUGUGAUGGUGAUUCCUAAAGGUAUGAAAACCGAUAUCCUGGACACACUUGCAGACAGCAUGUCAAAGAUUAGUCCUUAUCCUGAGAGGCAACACUACGAGAAUGUUGCAAAAGCGCUUGUGGAGAAGCAUCCCAGUCUCAAAGAGCCAGGUUCUGGAAAGGGUUGGUACGGCUGGUUCCACAGCCUGAAGUUUAAGCUCGGAAACUAUCGGCAGAAGUUAAGUGCAGCUGGAUGCCCAGAGGUGAGAGUCAACAAAAGAAUAGGAGAAGAUGCCAAGGGAUCACGUGUGAAGAAGUCAAAGAAGGGCGAGGUCCACUACUGUCCAGAUCCCCCUGAAGGACUGAGUGCUGAAGACAUGGAAGGGAAGCGGAGGAUGAUUGAGGUGGAAAUGCUGAAAAAGGACCUGGAUCAUCAACGGAUAGAGGAGCUGAUGUCUGCCACAUUCUCCAAGCGCAGAAAGGAAAUCGUAGGGGAUCAACCUCUCAUCGGGGAUGUCAUGACCAGAUGGCCGGCCAUGUUCUGUGAGAGACAGGUUCGGGCGGAGUUCAAAAGAAUCGUAAACACAGACCUUCUUGAGUCAUUCCUCAACGGACUUGAUGACCUGGUACCAAGACUGCUUGAAGUGUACGAAGCUGUGACCAAGUCGGGGAAGAAGCCUGCACUGAAAGCCAUUUUAGACUGUGUGAAGAAAGAUAACACAAACGAAAGGAGAAGGACUGCUGCUCUACUGGGUCUGCCACACUACCUAUCCGAAGACCCAUCCGACAUCAUUAGGAUGUGUGAUGCCCAUGGUGAGAGUCUGGCUGCAGCCAUGAAGGGGAUGCAACUUGGCCUACUGAUAGGCUAUGAAGGUGACAACCAGGAUGCCUUUCCAGAGGUCUUCGAUGUGGCAGUUGUGGUUGAAGAAAACAUUGUGCUACACAACUUCAAGGAUGUGCCAUCCAGCUUCACCAUGCUUCUGGGGAUCAUCUACUGCGUUAACCUUGAGUAUCCACGAGCCAUGAAGUAUUCCUUUGAGUUCCUGCAGAGGGUACUGAUGAAGAUCAAACCAGAUGAGGCCUCUGCCAGAGUCCACGGUGUCCGAAACAAGCUCCUGAGGUAUAAACUGUAAAGCAUGCCUCACUCGGGAAUGGAAUGAUAAUGCAAAAAAAAUGACGUGAUUUUGUGUUUUUGUUGUUUUACUGUUGUAGUGUACGUUCAUGCACGCCAACACCCAGAGUGGGAAACUACUGUUGUACUGUACAUUCAUGCACGCCAACACCCAGAGUGGGAAACUACUGUUAUAGUGUACGUUCAUGCACGCCAACACCCAGAGUGGGAAACUACUGUUGUAGUGUACGUUCAUGCACGCAAAUGCCCAGAGUGGGAAACUACUGUUGUACUGUACAUUCACAAGCUUGUGUAGCUUUUAUUGGCUUAACAUUGGUUUCAAUAAAAAAAAAAGUUUUUGUACUCAAA